AUGUUCGCCCCAGGCCAGGAAGCGCAGCUCUCCAAGGAGGAGAUCAAGGUAACAAUCUCUCUCUUUUCAGUGGCACUUUCUCAGGAUUCGUUAUUGACAAACAACUCCUCGCAGGCCGGUGAGAUCGAGGCCAGCAACACCGUCCGUAUGGUCAUCGCCGGAGGCUUCCUGCUUUACCUCUCCCCCUUCGCCGUCGACUUUGCUCGCAAGUUCCUGUGA